AAAUACAAUUCAGAUCUGGAAGAAGCAUCGGUAGGACGAGUUCUCGUCUUUGUCAAUCCACAUUCUGGUUCUGGCAAAGGAAAGAGGACAUUCCGACGACUUGUAGCGCCUAAGUUGAAGAAAAAUCGGAUAGAGUAUGAGUUGAUCAUAACGACCGGACCAAAUCACGCAAAAACAGUGGUACGAUCAAGAGACGAUCUUUGUAAAUUUAACGGUUUGAUAAUUCUAUCUGGAGAUGGCCUUGUAUUCGAGGUUCUCAACGGUCUUUUUGAACGACCGGAUCGUGCAACGAUCAUCCCUUCCUUACCUAUAGGAAUUGUACCAAGCGGUUCUGGCAAUGGUUUACUUUCUUCGCUUUUAGCCAGCCGCGGGUAA